UUAAUGGGGAAUUUUUUUUCAACGAAUGUUCUCGAUUAUUUUGACGUCCAUUGAAGACUUUCAUAGAAAACGUGACUUCCUAAAUUUUCGCAAAAAUGUUCGGAGGACAAGGCCCGAUAAUUGUUCUGAGUCAGAACACAAAGCGAGAUUCAGGACGAAAAGUUCAGCUGGAAAACAUCGCAGCCGGCAAGGCCAUUGCGGAUGUCAUCCGGACAUGCUUGGGUCCCCAGGCAAUGCUGAAGAUGCUCAUGGAUCCCAUGGGGGGCAUUGUGAUGACAAACGACGGAAAUGCUAUCCUCCGCGAGAUCACAGUGCAGCAUCCGGCUGCAAAGAGUAUGAUCGAGAUUGCCAGGACGCAAGACGAGGAGGUGGGGGAUGGAACGACAUCCGUGAUUGUGCUCGCGGGGGAGAUGUUGGCUGUGGCUGAGCCAUUUUUGUCACAACAAAUUCAUCCCACUGUCAUCAUCCGGGCGUACCGGGAAGCCCUGGAGGACAUUCAGAAGAUCGCAGAGAACGAGCUGAGCAUCCCGCUCGAUCGCUCUGACAAGAAGCGCCUGGCUCAGGUGGUGGAAUCGUGCAUUGGAACGAAAUUCAUCGGCAGAUGGUCAGAGUUGGCAGUGAAAAUUGCUCUGGAGGCAGUGGAGACGGUAAUGAUCACGGAGAAUGGACGUACAGAGGUGGACAUUAAGCGGUAUGCAAAGGUAGAAAAGGUCCCCGGAGGAUCCAUUGAUGAAUCCUGCGUGCUGCGUGGUGUGAUGCUGAAUAAGGAUGUGACGCAUCCCAAGAUGAAGCGCUACAUUGAAAAUCCCAAGAUUGUGCUCCUGGACUGCCCGCUGGAGUACAAGAAGGGCGAGAGUCAGACGAAUGUGGAAAUUGUCGCAGAGACGGACUUUACGCGGAUGCUGCAAAUUGAGGAAGAGCACGUACAGCGUAUCUGCAAGGAUAUCAUCGAUGUGAAGCCCGAUGUGGUCUUCACGGAGAAAGGUGUGUCAGAUCUCGCACAGCACUACCUCGGAAAUGCUGGAAUCACUGUUAUUCGACGCGUCCGGAAGACAGACAACCUCCGGAUUGCCCGUGCUUGUGGAGCCACCAUUGUGAAUCGCACGGAAGAGCUGCAAGAGAAGGACAUUGGCACGGGAUGUGGCCUUUUUGAGGUGAAGAAGAUCGGCGAUGAAUACUUCACAUUCAUCACAAACUGCAAGGAUCCCAAGGCGUGUACAAUCCUCCUCCGUGGCGCCUCAAAGGACAUUCUCAGUGAGACAGAGCGUAAUCUGCAGGAUGCUCUGCAUGUGGCGAAGAAUCUGGUGCUGGAACCACGUCUCGUGCCUGGUGGAGGUGCCAUCGAAAUGGCCAUUUCGCAGGCACUCACGCGCAAACAAGUACAGGGCCCUUAUCGUGCUGUUGCAAAUGCCCUGGAAAUCAUUCCCAAGACUCUCGCUCAGAACUGUGGCGCCAACAUCAUCCGCACCCUCACAGCGCUUCGGGCUAAGCAUGCCUCACACACUGGCGAUGGCAUCUGCACCUGGGGCAUCGACGGGGAGUCUGGCCAGCUUGUCGACAUGAAUGUUCGUGGCAUUUGGGAGCCGAUCUCCGUGAAGCUGCAGGUGUACAAGACGGCCGUUGAGACAGCCAUCCUCCUGUUGCGCAUCGAUGACAUCGUGUCGGGAUCCAAGAAGAAGGCAAAGGACAACGAACCUGCCACGCCGUCUCAAAUGGCUGCUGCUGAAGCCUAAAUUUUCUCCUGCCUGUGGCUGGUUCCUUCUCAUUUUCUGCAUUAACCACACUUGAUUUAAUUCAAUCACACGUAUUUUUGUAUUACUACCCUCAUAAUAAGCUUGUGUGCCCCAGUAGUUUCAAAUAAAAUCAUUAAUUGAAUUAA